AGGACAAGUUGAUUUUUCCUUACUUGGACUUGGAUUGCAAGUAUUACGAUUUAGGCCUGCCUCAUCGUGAUGCCACCGAUGAUCAGGUUACCGUGGACUCGGCCUUGGCCACCCUCAAGUACAACGUGGCCAUUAAGUGCGCUACCAUCACGCCCGACGAGGAGCGGGUGGAGGAGUUCAAGCUCAAGAAGAUGUGGCUUUCGCCCAAUGGAACCAUUAGAAAUAUUCUAGGUGGUACCGUAUUCCGCGAGCCUAUUCUCUGUCAAAGCAUUCCUCGCCUGGUGCCCGGAUGGACUAAUCCGAUCUGCAUUGGUCGACACGCCCACGGUGAUCAGUACAAAGCCACCGAUCUUGUCAUUCCCGGCAACGGUUCGGUGAAAUUGGUGUAUACCCCCGAAGGAGGUAGUCCCCAAGAGCAUACGAUGUUCGAAUUCAAGGAUGGCGGUGGAGUGGUCAUGGGAAUGUACAACACGGACAAAUCCAUUGCCGAUUUCGCUCAUGCUUCAUUCAAUGUCGCCCUUCAAAAGAAGUGGCCAUUGUACAUGUCGACCAAAAACACCAUCCUCAAGCGCUACGACGGGCGGUUCAAAGACAUCUUCCAAGAAAUCUUUGAGAAGAACUACAAGAAAGAUUUCGAUGCCAACAAGAUCUGGUAUGAGCACCGUCUCAUUGACGACAUGGUUGCUCAAGCUAUGAAAUCUGAGGGCAAGUUCGUCUGGGCGUGCAAGAACUAUGACGGAGAUGUUCAAUCUGAUGUGGUGGCCCAAGGUUAUGGCUCCCUCGGUCUCAUGACGUCGGUCUUGGUGUGUCCCGAUGGUAAGACGGUGGAAUCUGAGGCCGCUCACGGCACUGUCACUCGCCAUUAUCGUCAACAUCAGAAGGGCGAAAAGACCUCGACCAACCCUAUUGCCAGCAUUUUCGCGUGGACCCGUGGAUUGUCUCAUCGGGCCCAACUUGACGGCAACAAAGAUCUCGAAAAGUUCUGCUUGGCCUUGGAAAGUGCUUGUGUGGACAGCGUAGAUAACGGUAAUAUGACUAAGGAUUUGGCGGGUUGCAUUCACGGGCUGAAGAACGUGAAAGAGGGCAUGUAUUUAAAUACAGAGGACUUUAUGAAUGCCGUGGAAGAAGAUAUGAAAAAGAAAUUCGCUUCCCUGUAAAAAGAAAAAAAACCUUCCAAAGUAAAUGUACUGUAACAGUGUCUCGGUGACUAGCUGACUGAUCCAACCUUCGAUAUCCUAAAAGAAGGCAAUCAAUGCAAUUAUAUCAAAUUUGGUGUACCUAAAUAUCACGUUUUUAAAUCGGAAAUACAAUCUAACAUUAUUACAAA